UUCCAACUGUGAUGGCGAGGACAUGUACUCAGAUAUCUCCAUAGAGGAUGACGUCAGCGACCUCAACCAGAAGGUGCAGGUGCUGGAGCGGCAGGUGACGGUGCUGGCGGAGAACCAGAACAACAACGAUGACCGGUACACGCGCAGCAAGGAGGAGAACGCCGGUCUGCAGGCGCGCCUCAUCAUGCUGGAGGAGCAGCUGCGCGAGGUGGAGCUGCGCUCGGAGGAGCAGCUGGACUCGGAGCGGAGACGACACAAGGAGCUGAUGCAGCGACUGGAGAGGGAGAAGACGCUGGAGCUGGAGAACCAGACCAUCAGGCUGCAGAGUCUGGAGAAGGAGGUGCGCUUCGCCGAGGCGGAGGCGGCGCGCGCGCGUCAGCAGCUGGAGGCGGCGGCGGCCGGCCGGGCGCAGCUGGAGGAGCGGCUGGCCGAGCUGGAGGCGGGCCUGCUGGAGCGGCGCGGCCGUCAGGAGCUGGAGCAGGAGCGCACACUCCAGUCGCAGAUGGUGGCCGAGCUCUCCAGCGAGCUGGAGGACACGCGCCAGCAGGCCAGCCUGCGCCUCAAGACCGAGUCGGACGAGUCGGGCGUGAUGCGGCUGCGCCAGGGCGAGCUGGAGACGGAGCUGCGGGAGCUGCGCCAACGGAACAAAGAGCUGCAGGAGAGCAACGAGGAGCUGCAGGCGCAGCUGCUCUCUAACGGCCUAGAAGAGGGCCGACAGCUGCUGGAGUCGGGACCCAAGAGCCUGGCCUUGGAGCUGGAGGACAUGUCGGGAGAGGAGGUCGAUAGUGGUGAAACGUUGCAAAAGCUGAAGAAGUCGCUGCUGGAGCAGCAGGACGUGAACAAGCAGCUGCGCACGUACAUCGACGGCAUCCUGCUCAGCAUCGUGGAGAACUAUCCGCAGCUGCUGGAGGUGAAGCACAAACAGUGAUAUGCACUGCCAGGGGACGCCACGCGCUCUGCCCGGCUGGGACCUCGCGACCGGUCGGAACGCUGACGUGAACAGUCGCCGAGCGCGCUGGACGACUGACCAGCCGCGGCUGACCUGUCGCCGAGGCGGGGGUCGCCGCGGGCACGGCGCGACACCAGCUCCUCUCGCUCGGCCCACUCCGGCACUGUGUCAGAGACUGUACUGCGGCGAGGCGGCGCCACGGACGCAUCACGCCCGACGCCAGGCAGCGGCGCUGCGCAGGGCGCGUGGGGCGCUGUGUCGCCUCCCGGUGGCGCCGGUCUGGUGCUCUCAGCGACUCUGCCGUCGCGCAGUGGUGCUGUGCGGUUUCUCUGCGUCACGCGCGUAGCACCGCGACGAGGCGGCGUUGUGCGCUUUUGCAAGAGCCUGCGUCAAUGUCGUCACCUGGUGCAGGUGCUGCAGUGUUGAGCAUUGCUUCAGACACUGACGGCGCUGUCCGGCCUGGGGGGAUACGUGGGAUGGUGUCGGCCAUGAGGCCGCCCCAGCCUCUGUGCCUGCUCCCAUCUUGGUGCACUCUCGGCGGCGGAGGGCUGUGCGCUGUGGUGGGCCGUUUUGCAGCAAGUCGUCGCUCUUGUUCCUUUUGUUGUGUGUUGGCGUUAUCAAGAAAAAAGUGGAUUACAGCUAAAUGUGUUGGAUCGGAUGGAUCAAAGGAAUAUCUCAAUAAUGCAUCGUGCAAAUGUGUGAGCACAAUGGAAUGCAGGGACUGCUGGUUAGAGACACCCAG